AUUCAGCUAAAUUAACCAAAUUCAAUUCAAAAGCAUUUAAAUAGAGUAGAUUAUAGAGUCACCCUAUUCAAACCAUAUCCACGCCACAUUAAUUCAUUUUUUUCUUUUCUAUUGACACUCUAAGUUUCAUUGCUAUUUAUUAUUUAUUUUUUGGUACAAGUUUCAUUGCUAUUUCUAUCUCUUAAAAAAAUUAUUGUACAUAUUCAAGAGACAAAGCAUUUAAACUCUCCCUAGUACAAACACACACAUAGACAUGGAUCUUCUUCAAACUACAACACCUUGAGCCAACAAAUCAUAGGUUAUUGUCUCUAUGUUUGUUAGACUUAAACACAAAACACAGUGUUAGGAUUUUAUUUGUCCUAUGUUCUGUUCUUCAUGAAACAGAGUCCUCUGUUUUAUAUUCACUGUGAUGAGGUACAUUCCGACAAAAAGCUUAAAGAGGCUAUUUUCCUUGAGAAAAAGAGGUUCAAAAGAACAUGUUUUGAGUUCAAAAAAUAAAGAAAAUGAUGAGAGCUUCAAGAAUCUUCAAAAUGAAGAACCUUGUCAGAAACCCACUUGGAAAUGUUUCUCUUAUGAAGAGUUGUUUGAUGCCACCAAUGGCUUCACAUCAGAAAAUAUGGUUGGAAAAGGAGGGUAUGCUGAAGUUUACAAGGGAACAUUGAAAAAUGGGGAGGAAAUUGCAGUGAAGAGAUUAACAAGAACUUCAAGAGAUGAAAGAAAGGAGAAAGAGUUUUUAACAGAGAUUGGCACAAUUGGUCAUGUUCACCAUUCCAAUGUUUUGCCUCUUCUAGGAUGUUGUAUUGACAAUGGACUUUACUUUGUUUUUGAGUUAUCUUCAAGAGGUUCUGUUUCAUCUAUUCUUCAUGAUGAAAAGUUACCUCCUUUAGAUUGGAAAACAAGACAUAAAAUAGCUAUUGGAACUGCACGUGGACUUCAUUACUUGCACAAAGGUUGCAAGAGGAGAAUAAUUCACCGAGAUAUCAAAGCAUCAAACAUUUUAUUGACAAAAGAUUUUGAACCACAGAUAUCUGAUUUUGGAUUAGCAAAAUGGCUUCCAUCUCAAUGGACUCAUCAUUCAAUUGCCCCAAUAGAAGGGACAUUUGGACAUUUGGCACCAGAAUACUAUUUGCAUGGAGUAGUGGAUGAGAAAACAGAUGUAUUUGCCUUUGGUGUAUUGUUGUUAGAAGUUAUUUCUGGCAGGAAACCAGUGGAUACUUCUCACCAAAGCUUACAUAGUUGGGCUAAACCAAUUUUGAACAAGGGUGAAAUAGAAGAGCUGGUAGAUGUAAGGCUUGAAGGUGCUUAUGAUGUGACACAGUUAAAAAGACUUGCCUUUGCUGCCUCUCUCUGCAUCAGAGCAUCUUCCACUUGGAGACCUACCAUGACUGAGGUGUUGGAGAUAAUGGAGGAGGGAGAGAUGGAUAAAGACAAAUGGAAAAUGCCAGAGGAAGAAGAAGAACAAGAAGAAGAGUUCUGGGGUUUUGAGGAUUUAGAAUAUGAAUAUGACAGUUCCUUUUCAAUGUCUUUAAUUGAUUCAAUUGAAAGUAAUUAAUUAGGAUAAAAAAUAAAUGAGUGCAUGCAAUUUUCAGUUAACAUGUGUAUAUAUAUACAUGUCUUAACUUUACAGAUAAAUAAUAAUUGAGGGAUUGUGGUGCAUUGUUACUUA